AUGCUGAAGCUUCCGAAAAAAGAUCCAACAAAAAGUCCAUUCUGGAGAUCAUUAGCUGAAUUGGUUGCUUGGGAACCUGGUCGUGAUAAUGCCAACGUCGCUUACGUAAACUUACAACCACGUCCCGACUUUCGACCAACAUAUAAGAAUCAUGCGAGUGAAAAGCGAAAGUGUAAACUUCUCGUAACACAUGACAUGGCUGGUGGAUAUAUCGAAGACUACUUCAAAAUCGGAUACAGCAUUCAGUACUGGCAAUACGUUGAUAUCUUCAUUUACUUUUCUCAUCACCGCAUCUCGGUACCUCCACGACAAUGGACGAAUGCAGCACAUCGUAAUGGAGUCAAAGUUCUUGGUAACUUCAUAACCGAAGACUUGGAAUCUUUUGAACCCGAUUUUUUACUUCUCGGUCCCGGUGAUAAGCAAACGUUCCCAGAAUUGGAUGAGGAUCAGCGAAGAGUAUUUUCAAGAUUCUUCGCGAAUAAACUAAUUGGAUUGGCCGAAUACUACAAUUUUGAUGGAUGGUUCUUUAACAUAGAAUCACAUCUCACUGGUGGCGCGAUGCAAGCAAGCCUAUUCGUAGAUUUCUUGUAUUGUUUACGUGAAGAGAUUCAAAGAAAGAAACCAGGAUGUCUGAUUCUAUGGUAUGAUUCUGUGACAAAGGAUGGAAUUCGGCUCUGGCAAAAUCAGCUGAAUGAAAAUAACUUUCCAUUUUUCGAAGUAACAGAUGGCAUGUUCACCAAUUAUUGGUGGGAUGAACAAAUAACAGCAAAUUCAGCAGCUGCGGCGGGAAAGCAUAGAAGGAGGGAUGUGUACACUGGUAUUGAUGUAUGGGGAAGGAAUACUUAUGGUGGUGGAGGUUUCGAUACCUAUAAAGCUUUGGAAGUCAUACAGAAAUGCAGGACUUCGGCUGCUCUCUUUGCGCCUGCUUGGACAUUUGAGCAUUUAGGAGCUGACAAUUUCUGGAUUAACGAUUCACUGUUUUGGAUUGGUAACAGUAAGCAUGUAUUAGGGCCGUCUAAGGAAAAGCACGGUACACAGAAAGCCGUUGCGGACUAUAUUGUUCCGAGGUAUACUCCAGGUACAGAAAGGUUUUAUACAAAUUUCUCCCGAGGAUGUGGAUAUAAAUUCUUUAUAGAUGGACAACAAGUACUUGAUCAAGAAUGGUAUUAUUUAAGUCUCCAAUCAAUUCCACCGUUACCGACUCUGAGGAUACUUUCCAGGACCGCGACGAAAACUCUGCGAAAGAAUUCCCCCAUUACGUGGGAGUAUACAUUCGACGUUGCUUAUUCGGGUGGCACAUCAAUCGCUAUUCACUCGACAAAACCAAAGAGAUCAUCCACUUCAGUGAUACCUUUAUACGAAACUGAUAUUCCGAUCCCAGAAGAUGGAAUUUCGCUUAGUGCAACAUAUCUCCCUGGAAAGAAUCAAAACGUCAAAAUUGGAUUAUAUGCCCACGUUGGUUUGAGAACGAUGACGAACGAGAAGAAAAUAGUUAGUUUCGAAACCAUAGACGUAGAUGAUGAAGAUGCAACUUCCUUUAUUGUCGUGAAUAAUGGAGACGAAACUGAUGAGGUUGCUAGUUUAGGCGCUGGAGAUUCUAACCCACAAGGCAACCAAAUCGUUCUUUCAGCCAAGGAAGAUCAAACAGAGUUAGAAUUUGGCACACUCACGACCACCACAACGAAACGUCAUAAUUGGCAUGCAGCCGAGGUGAUGUUGACACCAACCAUGUUUGAUCUUGCAGAGUCGGUUAAAGGACGAGAUCUGAUCAUAAAGAGGUUUGGCGUUACGGUAUUGCACAAGGUAAAUAACACAGCAGCUGAACCAGCUGAUGAAGACUUAAAGGGACAACCCGUCAUAAUCGCACAUGUCGGUUCUUUGUCGAUUAAUCCCAUGGUCGAACCACUAAUCUCGGAGGAGAGAGUACGAAAUUUGUCUGCGAAUAUCCUAAGUCCAGUUCGCGAUAACGAGUAUCAUAUAGUAGGGACGAUUUCAUGGGAAAUAGGCAUUCACGUGCUAAGUCAUACCUACAAACAGACCUCGGGAUUGAAGAAUACAUUCGCGUACUUUUAUGUAUAUUACCACAUUGAAGCCGGGCAAGUUACUAUCCCAGCAGAAAAUGAAUUGGUAUUUCUCGGAUGUGCAGAUACAAGAGAGUUUUGGGUGGGAGACUUGUCGUUGGCAGUUGAUAAGGUUCAGAGUGGUGGUGGAGGUAUUGCCUUUUGGGUUCGAGGCGUAUAUGAAAAUGGGAAAGUAGAUGUUUGGAAUAGAUACUGGAGAAGACUAUGA